AUGGGCUGUCUCUCUGUUCACUCUCAACCGGUAUCGGAUCCGGUACAACAGCGGUCAACUGAUAGCUCGGAGCCCACUGCUCCACAAUACCAACAACAACAACAAUCAGAACAAUUGGAAGUGCACACAACUCAACCUUCUGAAGAACCAUCCCCGAAACCUCCUCGAAAAUUCCUUGCUCAGCCUAUCGAAACAACAUCACGAAGCUCUCAAAAACCAUCCACCACCUCCUCCACCCCCACCUCCACCUGCGACCCCGCCACGCCAAAUGAUCCACUACCACCGAAACAGAAGGAGGACAAUCAGCCUCCACCUCGUAGAAGGUUCCUCCCUGAACCCGUCGAAACCACAACAAGGACCAGCAGUGGAGGUUCAACAUCGACCAAACCGAGAAGGUUUACACCAGAGAUCAUCGAGACGGAGUAUCGCUCCGUGGAUCCCGAUCAACCUCCGAGCCGGGACACUCCAAAAGCUCAAAUUGGACAACUUGGCCUUCACACAGAGGGAUCUCGUUCACCAGCCCGGCUGAGCCCCAAUCGUGCUAUCCCCCACCCAAUCGAGUCCAAGUUCUCAUAUGUAAACCUCCUCCGCCGACAAGAACGGUCUCGUCGCCAUUCUUUUCAAGUGCCAGACCUCCCUUCCAUCCCGUCAAACAGCAGCGAAGAAUCAGACAAUGCUUCCGAGUCUCGUUCAGUAUCCCCGUCCCCGAAAAAGCGAGCCACCAAAUCUGCCAAAUUUCGCCAGAACAAUAGUACUAGACACACUCUGCAAGAAGGUGGUGAUUCCGGCGAGUUUUCCGAAUACCUGCUUUCACUAGCUGCACGCUCUGCCGAAGAACAAUUGAAAGACCAGACACUUGCUGCUUUUCCCAAUGAACAGGUCUACCAGCAUUUUGACCAUUUUGCCAUCGACGAUGAAGCACCGUCAAGGAAUUCAGAAGAAGAGAAUUGGAUAUAUCCACCAAAGCACCAUCUCAAGUCCCGGAGACAAUCUUCAGCAGAUCUCACUUGGGAACUCGAGCAUCUGCGUCAUCACAAAGAAGAAGCAGAACAACGCUCAAGAGUAAUGAAUCGAAGACGGAAACCAGACCUCAAACUCUCCAGUCCAAAGCGCCUGGGUCCAAUCCCUCCAAUGCUGGGAGGGGACAUCAUCCUACCGCAAAGUCUGUCACCGAUAGGAUCUUUCACCAAUAAAAAUGGCACUCAGAGCGAAUCAAAUCCAUGCACGGACUGCGGUGCUCUCUGGUGCGGACCAAGUCGCCCCGAUAAUGGCCGAGGGUCCGGUCUCUGGAUGGGCACAUGUCAGAAAGACGAAGAAAACAACAACCGCGGCUCUCAGAUAAUGACAGGGAUCAAGACCCCAAUGUUACGGGAUGACAGACCUCCAAGUCUAAGCCCUAGCCCCAGCCGCAGCCCCAGUCACACCCACACCCACAGUUCUUCCCCAGAUGCCCACGCCCAUGCCCGCGCAGCUCGAAGAGAAGAACAAGGACACCCUGCCCGCUCCAUUCCCCGGAGCAUCCCUGGUACGAGCCAGGGUCUCGGCCUGAAUCUCAAUUUGAGCACAGUCAGCUCCAUUGAAGACGAAUUCAACGACGAAUUCGUCACGCAGAUCUAUAACUAUCUCUCUCUCGGAUACCCCUGCGUGGCCCGCGACUACGACCACGAACUGAGUAAGAUCUCGGGCAUUCUCGUCGAAGACAUGAGAAAAGAUGAUCUUCACACCGACGCCAAGGGAUACGUCAUGGCCCCGGAAAACGAAUUGGCCGUGGCUUGUACAAGAUGGAAGGCCCUCCGUUUGUACAUUCAGGAAUGGGCUCGACAGCAGCCCAACAUGGCCGAGGAGAAGAAGUGGGGUGUAGGUGUUCCGGAAAGACGAGGAAGCUGGGCAUUCUAG